GUGCUAUAGAAAUUUCGGCCAUAGUAAGUGUUCCUGGACCUCUUUCGCAACACUCAUGAAGUGGGCUGGAGAGAGAACUCCUGAGAACUCCCAGUACCAUUCGAAUCGCGAUGCCUCCAGGACGCACUCUGUCGUCGAGAUGGCUAGGAAGGGUUUUCAACAUUGAGCGGAGGACUGCGCCGUCGGAACUGCCGCUCUAUCUCUGCCCAGCGUUUCGGUCGCUGUCGGUUGAGAAUGCAACUCUGCGCCGACAAUGUCGACCUCGCGCGCGGCCUAUACAACAACUAUGCCGACUACAUACCGAGGCCGCUGCUUCGGCCAGCACGGAAUCGGAACCCUUGAAAAUACAGCCUUCCAGGACGCUACCUCUCCAAUGCCACGGAUGCGGAGCCCUGUCGCAAACCGUCGCCCCGAACGAGGCCGGCUACUACAAUCUGUCGCGGAAAGCAAUCAAGAAAUACCUGGGUCUGUUAGAUGAAACGAAGGAACCGCCAGUUCCGAACACGGACAAAAUCGUGGAACAAGCCCUCCAGUCGGUCGACGUCGAAGCAUUGGAGCGACAGGGCAUCAGGUUGAAGGCUCUGCUGCCGGAGCGCUCCCCCGAAAGUGCCACAGAUGCCUCGGGAGCUGACAAGCCCCCCCUCUGCGAUCGUUGUCACAAUCUGAUCCAUCACUCUUCCGGCAACUCAAUCUAUCACCCAAGCCUCGAAUCUCUGCGGGACACGAUCGAGGAGACGCCCUACAAGCACAACCACGUGUACCACGUGUUAGACGCCGCCGACUUCCCCAUGUCGCUGCUUCCCAGACUUCACAGCUUGUUGCAUAUCCCGCUGCGGUCACAAAACCGCCGAGCGAAGCCGGUCAAGUUUCAGCACGGGAGGCUGAUGGAGAUGAGCUUCAUCAUCAGCAGAUCGGACCUCCUAGCGCCCAAGAAGGAGCAGGUCGACUCCCUAAUGCCCUACCUGAAGGAAACAUUACGGGAGGCACUCGGAAGGGUUGGUGGGCGCGUCAGACUCGGAAACGUGCACUGCGUCAGCGCAAAGAGGAGCUGGUGGACGAAGGAGCUCAAGGAGCAGAUCUGGAAGCGCGCCGGUGCCGGGUGGAUGGUGGGCAAGGCCAACGUGGGCAAGAGCCAGCUCUUCGAAGCCGUCUAUCCCAAGGGGAGGAUGGAUUGGGACGCGCCGAAGCCGCAAAUCUCGGUCAAGAUGUUCGCCAGGGAAGGACAUGCAAAACCAGACUCCUCCUCCUCCUCCUCGGAAGCAGACCCCUUCCUCAAACUCCUUCCCGACGCCCAGGUUCCGGAAUUUUCCCUGCUGCCACCCCCGCAGCCCGAGACCAACUACCCUCCCAUGCCCGUGGUCUCCCCCCUCCCGGGAACCACGGCGUCCCCGAUCCGGGUCCCCUUCGGGUCCGGGCGGGGCGAGCUCAUCGACCUCCCCGGCCUGGCGCGCAGCGACCUCGAGUACCACAUCAAGCCGGAGCACCGGGCCGACCUGAUCAUGAAGUCGCGCAUCACGCCCAAGCAGCAGGUCCUCAAGCCCGGCCAGUCGCUCCUGCUGGGCGGCUUCAUCCGCAUCACGCCGCGCAACACGCCCCCGCUCGACGACAACGGCCUCGUCUUCCUGGCGUACGGCUUCACGCCGCUGGACGCGCACGCGACGGCGACCGCGAAGGCCGUCGCGGUGCAGACGCAGGCCGAGGGCGCGCCCAACGUGCGCAACAUCUCGCUCCCCGGCACGGGCGCCAAGAUCGCGCACGCGGGCGCCUUCCAGCUGCGGUACGACGUCACCAAGGCCCGGACGGGCCCGCUCACGCGCAAGGAGGCGGUCGGCCUCAAGGUGGACCGGCUGCCGUACCGGGUGCUGGGGAUCGACAUCCUGGUGGAAGGGGUCGGCUGGGUCGAGGUGGCGGUGCAGGUGAGGACGAAGCACCUGUUCCCCAAGGAAGGGGAGAAGGAGGGCUCGGGAUCGGGAGAAGGCGGGGAGGAGCAGCAGCCGCUGCAGACGCUGGAUCUGCGGCCGGAGCCGGUCAACGCGGCGAAGAAUGACAAGAACAAGAAGAAGAAGACGAAGGGCGGCAAGACGGGGGAGGAUCAGGACGGAGAGGGAGUGCCGGAACCGAGGUGGCCGGUGAUUGAUGUGUACAGCCCGGAGGGCAAGUUCAUCGGGUACCGGGCGCCGAUGAACGCGUGGGUGCUGAACAAGCCGAAGAAAGAGACGAAGUCGAGGCCGAGGAAGAGCAUGAAGGGCGUGAAGAAGUUGACGAAGAAGAUGAAGAGGGAGAGGGAGGCAGAGAGUGCCGGGGGAGAAGGAGAAUGAAUGAUGAGAGAGAGUUGUGAGAGGAGUGUUGGCAUAGUCGGAGGCAGUGUACGAUGAUAAUAGCCUGUAUUAUACUUGUACGACAUAUAUCAUGAUCGGUUCGGACAAAUCAUACAUCCUUGAUACCCAACAAGUUGAUUCGAAAUAUGAUAUUCGGCGACUGUUGGAGAGGAGGGUAUAAUUUCCGCUGAGAAUAAGCCCA